ACUGAUUGAGGAGGCUCGGUGCCUGUGGUUGUCCCGAUAGCUCGGCGUUCCUGUACUCCUCCUAGUUUCCAGGAAGAGCUAAAGAUGGCUGAAUUUCUAGAUGACCAGGAUACUCGACUGUGUGACAACUGCAAAAAAGAAAUUCCUGUGUUUAACUUUACCAUCCAUGAGAUCCAUUGUCAAAGGAACAUUGGUAUGUGUCCUAUCUGCAAGGAACCAUUUCCCAAAUCUGACAUGGAGAUUCACAUGGCUACAGAACACUGUCAGGUGACCUGCAAAUGUCAUAAGAAGUUGGAGAAGAGGCAAUUAAAGAAGCAUGAGGAGACUGAGUGCCCUCUGCGGCUUGCUGUCUGCCAGCUUGAUUUGGAACUUUCUGUUCUCACACUGAAGGAACGUGAAGACUACUGUGGUGCCCGGACAGAGUUAUGUGGCAACUGUGGACGCAAUGUCCUUGUGAAAGACCUGAAGUCUCACCCUGAAGUUUGUGGGAGAGGGGAGGAGGAAAGGAGAAAUGAGGUUGCUGUAUCUCCUAAUAUAUACAAUGAGUCUUGGGGUCAAGACGGAAUCUGGAUUGCAUCCCAGCUCCUGAGACAAAUUGAAGCUCUGGACCCUCCCAUGAGGCUACCCCAAAGGCCUCUGAGAGCCUUUGAAUCAGACCUUUUCUGCAAUAGGACUACCAACCAAAGGAAUAUGACAGCCCCCUUUCCAAUUCAGAAUAAUCUAUUUGAAGAACAAGAAAGGCAGGAAAGGAAUAGAAGCCGACAGCCUCCCAAAGAGGGUGGUGAAGAUAGUGCAAACUUGGACUUGUUGGCCCUGAGUCUGCAAAAUGAGGUCCAGGCCUCCACUGUGGCAGAACAGGACUUCUGGAGGGCUGUUUGUGAGGCAGACCAGUCUCAUGGUGGGCCCACUUCCCUGAGUGACAUGAAGGGUGCAGCUGAUGAGACCAUGUUGCCUUGUGAAUUUUGUGAGGAGCUGUACCCAGAGGAACUGCUGAUUGAGCAUCAGACAAGCUGUAACCCUUCACGUGCCUUACCUUCGCUCAAUACCAGCAGCUCUUCUUCCAGUGGGGUGGAGGAUCCUGAUGUCAUCUUCCAGAACUUUCUGCAACAGGCUACAAAUAACCAGUUAGACUCUUUGAUGGAGCUGAGCAAUUCGCCCCCUGUGGAAGAUAGUGUUAUCAUCCCAUGUGAAUUCUGUGGGGUACAGUUGGAAGAAGAGGUGCUAUUCUAUCACCAGGACCAGUGUGACCAACGCCCAGCCAUGGCAAACAACCAUGUGAUCGAGGAGAUUCCUAGACAGCAUUCCCAGCUUCAAGAGACCUCACCAGAGCUGCCCAGGAGGCGUGUCAGACACCAGGGAGAACUGUCUUCUGGCUACAUGGAUGAUAUCAAGCAGGAAGUAGCUAAAGGACCCAUCUACCCUCUGCCCCCCAGCAGACCCAUUAAUAAUAUUACAACUACCUGUAACCGACUAUCAAAAUCAACAUCAGACCCUACAGCGGGGAGCCAGCCCAACCCUCUGAAACUCAGCAACUCAGAGAGCCAGGACAUACGGGGGCGAAAUAGAAGCAGCCAGAAUGGGGCCAUGGACACUGGCACAUGCCCAGUUUGAAAUCUCUGCCCAGAAUACCUUGUGUCCUCUUUCCCCCUUGGGCCUGCUGGGAGAUAUGGAGCAAGUGGUAGGAGUGAAGGUGGCAGAAGCUCACGGAUCACCCCUGUAGCCACCAACUACCGCAACAGAACUGCAAAGGCAAAGCCCCCGAAGCAGCAGGGAGCUGGGGAUGCAGAGGAGGAAGAAGAGGAGGAGUAGUGGUGUCUGCAGAGACCCUCGCCUUGGUUCCUACCUAUGCAUAGCAGCCCUUGCCUUGGUGCAGGCCCCACCUCUCUGGCUCUUUAGGCAGGGGAGAUUUUCCGGAUUAUUCUUUUUCUAGGUUACGGCCGCCAUUUUGUGUCUUUUGAAAUUGUGCUGUGGGAGUUUGGGGGUUUGAGGGAGGGUUAGCAGGGAGGCUAUUGGGAAUUGUUUCAGCCUUAGCUGCCACUUUUUGGUACAGAUAAUGGCCUCUUGGCCCACCAGAACUCCACCUUUUGAAAUACCAUCACCACUGCUUCUUGGUGCUUUGUGGUCCUGGUGGAAGGAGUAGAGGGUUCUGGAAAUCUGGUUCCCAACAUGAAGUGAUUUUCUUAACUGUGGGGUCCUAAGUUGGGGGCUUUUGGGCAACUUCUCCCCUGUACUGUCCCUGCUCACUCCAGAUUCUGGGCCUGUGGUGUGUGUAUAGAGCAGCUCUGGGAAAGUGCUCAGGCCAGUUUCAUUGUUAGGUUCAAGGCCUUUGGAAGAGUUGGCUGGAGGUAUGUGGACUAGGGUCUGUGUUUCAAGCUGCUUCCUUGUCAUUUGGCAUCACUGCCUUCUGCUCUUCAUGGGUAUGGUGACUCCUUUGUCCUCACUGCCCUCUAAUGGGGAGGUCUGAGGGUUUCCUGUUCCCACUAGGGCCACACUGGGCUCUGCCCUGAUCAGGAUUAAGGCCCCAGUCUUACACUUGAUCUGAAAACCAAGUGUCAGAGCCCCCUUCCCUUCUUAUUUUACUGUUAUAAUUAUCAGCUUCCUUGUAAUAGAAAUAAAGUUUGUACUUGGAGCU